CCUCCCCAUACAACAUGGCUACAAUUGUAACCUCCACAAGGUUUACCGACGAGUACCAGCUAUACGAGGAGCUCGGCAAGGGUGCCUUUUCCGUGGUCCGCAGAUGUGUGAAAAAAUCCACUGGCCAGGAAUAUGCUGCCAAAAUAAUCAACACAAAAAAGCUGUCAGCGAGAGAUCAUCAGAAACUGGACCGUGAGGCCCGAAUCUGUCGACUGCUCAAGCAUCCCAACAUUGUUCGGCUUCAUGACAGUAUUGCGGAGGAGGGCUUUCAUUACCUGGUCUUUGAUCUUGUGACUGGUGGAGAACUGUUUGAGGACAUUGUGGCCAGAGAGUAUUACAGUGAAGCUGAUGCCAGUCAGUGUAUCAAUCAGAUCCUGGAAAGCGUCAAUUACAUUCACCAGCAUGACAUUGUUCACCGAGACCUGAAGCCUGAGAAUCUGCUCCUGGCCAGUAAGAUGAAGGGGGCGGCAGUGAAACUGGCUGAUUUUGGGCUGGCCAUUGAGGUACAGGGUGACCAGCAGGCUUGGUUUGGUUUCGCUGGGACGCCAGGGUACCUGUCUCCAGAGGUCCUGAGGAAAGAUCCCUACGGUAAACCUGUGGACAUCUGGGCCUGUGGUGUGAUCCUGUAUAUUCUGCUGGUUGGUUAUCCUCCUUUCUGGGAUGAAGAUCAACACAAGCUGUAUCAGCAGAUUAAGGCGGGAGCUUAUGACUUUCCUUCUCCAGAGUGGGACACAGUGACUCCUGAGGCAAAGAACUUGAUUAAUCAGAUGUUGACGAUUAACCCAGCCAAGAGAAUCACGGCUGAACAGGCUCUCAAACACCCGUGGGUCUGCCAACGUUCCACAGUGGCGUCCAUGAUGCAUCGUCAGGAGACAGUGGAGUGUUUGCGAAAGUUCAACGCCCGGAGAAAACUCAAGGGAGCCAUUCUUACCACCAUGCUGGUUUCUAGAAACUUCUCAGUGGGCCGGCAGCAUACCAGCCCUGCUGCUGCCACCACCAGCACUGCCGCGCUUGCACAGGAAGCGUGCAAAAGCUUACUGAACAAAAAGGCUGACGGCGUUAAGCCCCAGACAAACAACACUAAGAACAGUGUAGUGAAUGCAGUAGUGAGUGCUAUGAAAGAGAACAACGCGGCCACAUCAGCUCCUAUGGAAUCUCAGACUACAGUUGUGCACAACCCACCUGAUGGCACCAAGGGCUCUACAGAAAGCUGUGCUGCUAAUGAGGAGGAGGAUAUGAAAGGUAGGAAAGCAGAGAGUGUUGACGGUCUGAGUGGAGACAGGGCGGGGCUGAAUCAGGGCAGUGCCGCGGACGAGCCGCCCCCUCUGAUUGGGUCGCCUCAAGACCCCCCAACCACUGCUCCAGUGCAUGACGUUAAGCGCUUGGCAUGGAACAGCUCAGGACACACCUCGUGUCCAGAGUUGGAGCGCGCUCAGUCUGCAGCCCGUGCUGCACGCCAGGGGGGCAGCAGUGUGGGCACAGCAGGCGGAGUCUCAGGCCAGUCUCGCAAACAGGAGAUAAUCAAGAUCACAGAGCAGCUGAUAGAAGCCAUGAAUAACGGAGACUUUGAAGCCUAUACGCGGAUCUGUGACCCCGGCCUGACCUCCUUUGAGCCUGAGGCCCUGGGGAACCUGGUGGAAGGGAUGGACUUUCAUAAGUUUUACUUUGAAAACUUGCUGAGUAAGAAUAAUAAACCUGUCCACACCACCAUUCUGAACCCUCACGUUCACCUGAUCGGCGAGGACGCAGCUUGCAUUGCGUAUAUCCGCCUGACGCAGUUUAUGGACAGUCAGGGCCGCCCGCGGACAUGCCAGUCUGAGGAGACGCGCGUGUGGCAUCGCAGAGAUGCCAAGUGGCUUAACGUCCACUUCCACUGCUCAGGAGCUCCUGCUGCACCGCUACAGUGAAUACAGCACAGUUUGUCUGGAUCCCCACGCCUGACGGAGGCAGACUGGACCUGAUGGAGCUGUUGGAGUGUAAUGUUCUGUGAGGCUGGAUUGGCCACACAAGGGCCGGCUAGACAAGAGCGCUGAGGAAAAAAAAAAAAAAGUUUAGGCACAAACAUCCAGUCAGCUGUCAACAUCACCAACCAACCUCUCCAACCUUUGACCAAUGGGAGCCGGCUGCGGCUGUGGCCCCGCCCACGGAUGAUGCAUGCAUCUGACGUCCACAAGAGGGCGCUGUCUUGUUCUUCUGGAACCAUCUCUCUGCCUGAUAAAACACAACCAGACUCUGCUCUAAGUUCUGUCUAUGAAUUUCUAAAUAUUCUGUAUAUUGUAAAAAACAAAAAACAAAAAAAAAAAACAAACAAACAAACAAAAAAUGACAUAACGUAACAGAAUCUACAAUCAGUUUUGAAAAAGCAUUUAAGUAAUUCUAAUUUAUGUUACUGAAGG